AUUUAGGUCCUUUUGGUGCAAUGUAAAAUAAGGGCUUUUCGUGAUAUAUAUACCUACGUCAUUGUUUACGGAAGUGUACAAUGUGUCGAAUUAAAUUAAAUUUUUAUAACUACAGUUUAACUUGAUAGCAAGUGCGAUUUUUAAGAUAAAAUCUGAAUAAAAUAAUGUUAUUUUGCAAUAAUUUUAUACUAACUAUUGUGUUGUUUACAUCCAGUGUUUUAAUUACUUAUUCCAAACAUACUAAAGAAGGAAAGGAGGGAAAAGAAGAUAUUUCAACAUGUUAUUCCCCAAAACUACUAUUAAAAGGAGCCCAGGAAGGUAGCUCUGACGGAAAUAUAAUAAAAGAUUCAUUUUCGAACGUAAAGGAAGUGAAAUUUUUUGGUUCCAUUGGACCUUUGGGGGAGAAACGUCUUUGUAAAAUAAAAUGCAUUGGAGGACAAUGGGUUGGACCUUUGUGUAUAGAUGAACAAGCCGAAAAAGGAAGAUUUCAACCUUUAUUUAGAAAUUGCAAGUUGGACUAUUUAAAUCCUCAUCUAAUGUUAACUUUAAGAAAUAUCACAAUUCAGGAUAUUGGGCUAAUUUAUCCCCAUGGGUCCACUCUAAAAAUUAGAUGUAGGGAUAUUGGUCUCUACAAACUUUUGGGAUCAGCAAAUCCAAAAUGUGAAAAUGGAGUCUGGUCCGCUAGGUUGCCUUCCUGUGUUCCGACUACACUUUUUACAAACUUUACAGAGGAGGCUCCACCAACAAUAAUAUUCAAAAUUCCUUCCGGAUCCUCCUCCAUAGAGUCAGGAGGAGAAUUGGCCAUCUACCCGGGCACAACAGUACAUUUGGAAUGCAUUUUUUCGCGACAUCUAGGAUCUCCUGAUUGGACCUGGACAGCACCAUUAGGAGAGUACUUGACAGGAUGGGCCAUAGCACCAGAAGAAAGAGACUGGAAAUACAGACUUUCCAUUUAUUAUGCCAAGGAACAGGAUUCUGGAACGUUUACUUGUGCCACACCACGCGGUAUAACCAACAGCCUAGUGCUUCAAGUUGCAGCCAUACAUUGCGAACCAAUAACAGAAAUUGAUAAUUUGAUGACGAUGAGAUCGGAGGGGACGAAAUUGGGACAUAAGGUUUAUUUUCAGUGCCAAAGUGGAUAUCAGAUCAAGGGAGAUCACAAUAUAACUUGCCAAUUAUCUGGAAAGUGGUCAGCAGCAGUGCCAACAUGUGAGCUAGUAAAAUGUCCCCUAUUUGAAGAAAACAGCAACCUUACGGCCCUGCAUCUAAAAAUUGAAGAGCAAAAUAAUUCCUACGGUGGCAGAAUUGUUUUUAGUUGCGAUUGGGGUUACAGACUUAGGGGAUUGCCUGGUAUAGAAUGCGAAUUGAAUGGGACAUGGUCAGGAUCACCACCUAAAUGUGCCAUCAUUCAAUGUUCUGCCCCUAUAAUAACGGAAAGCUCAAACCUUCUGGCGACAGAAAUAACUGGUAUGGAUGGUGGACAAUAUACAGUUGGAAGUUUGUUACAAUUUUCCUGUAAUAAUUCUUUGACUUUAAUUGGGGAAAGUACAAUUAUUUGUACUGAAACAGAAGUUUGGUCCCAUCCCUUACCAAUUUGUAACAUAAACUAAAUACAAAUACCUACUUAAUAUCUAUCUAGUGAUACACAAAAAUAAAAAUGUGACCAUAAAAAA